UGUUUGAGAAUUUCACAAUAUUGCUUAAGAAGAGAAGACUUACAGACAGAUGGCGACCACUUGGGUUGCAGUUUGGGGCAUCUUCCUGUUACAGGCUUCACAUUUAGUGACUGCUGAGGAGCCAUGUGCACCUGGAUUUGAGUCAGACAUGCUGAUUUUCAACGUGACCAGAAAACACCUUUGGCUGGGCAUGAAUAUUGGCAAAGUGAGUUUCACUGACUGCACAGACCGCACGAGAUUCCUGUUCAGAAGUUAUGACAGCCGUUUUAUGGUCCAGCCUGAUGGAACACUAACGGUAAAGAGACAGGUUGUUCUCCAUGAAGGGCAUAGAGACUUCUUCAUCCAGUCCUGGGACUCACAAGGUCGCAAAAUGACUGUUCCUGUCAGGGUAUUAUACGAUGGGCAUCACGUGAACUACCCCCAAGAGGUUGAACAUCAACAUGGGGACCACACACGUCACAACCAUCAGCACCACCUUACUGAAACAGGCUCUGCUAGUAACACAGAGGUACCCAUUCUGUAUUUCCCGAAGUCUGGUGAAGGACUAAGGAGGAGAAAGAGAGACUGGGUUAUUCCUCCAAUCUCUGUUUCUGAGAAUGCUGGAGGACCCUAUCCUUUAUAUGUGUCUCAGAUCCGUUCUAGUGAAGAUGCAAAAAAGAAGAUCUUUUACAGCAUCACUGGCCCAGGAGCUGAUGAGACUCCUAUUGGUCUUUUCACUAUGGACAGAAUCAGUGGUGUUCUGUAUCUCACACAACCACUUGACAGAGAGACACAGACGAACUACAUGUUAAAAGCGCAUGCUGUGGCAGAAGGUUCGGGAACAGCUGAGGACCCUAUGGAUAUUAUAGUCAACGUAAUUGACCAGAAUGAUAACAAGCCUACUUUCACUCAAGAGACCUUCACUGGAGCAGUUGCUGAGGCCUCGCCAAUUGGUUUUGAGGUAUUACAGGCUCUGGCCAUAGAUCUUGAUGAGCCAAAUAAUGCCAACUCAGACAUUCGCUACAUUAUUUUGGACCAGGAGCCAAAGCAGCCUGCUGACAACCUGUUUGCGAUCAACCCAUUAACUGGAGUCAUAAGAGUAAAUGCUGGUGGCCUGGACAGAGAGAAAUACCCACAAUACACUCUAAGGAUCCAAGCAGCAGAUAUGAAGGGAGAUGGCUUAAUUGGACUAACAAAAGUAAUCCUGGAUGUCACUGAUAGCAACGACAAUGCUCCAACCUUCACUCAGUCCUCUUAUGAGGCAACAGUUGAAGAAAAUAAAGUGGACACCUUGGUUGUGAAAUUAUCUGUAGAAGAUAAAGAUGAGCCAAAUACCCCAGCCUGGAAAGCCAAGUUCGUGAUUGUUAGUGGUGAUCCUCAAGGUUUUUUCACUGUGAAAACAGGAAGUGAAGGACAUGAAGGAAUCAUUACUACUGCCAAGGGUCUUGACUUUGAGAGGACCAGCAAGUACACUCUGUUAGUUGCAGUGGAAAAUGAGGUUCCUUUUGCUACUCCACUGCCCACUUCCACUGCCACAGUGGUGGUGAAUGUGCAGGAUGUCAAUGAAGCUCCAGUAUUUGAUUCAACAGAGAAGCUUGUGGCAAAACGGGAAGACCUUGCUGUCGACAGUGAGGUGAUCAAACCCCACAAGAGACGGGACUCUAGACUUAUCUGUGUGGAAGGUUUGUGGCUUGAAAGCAAAGAUAUUUGAGCACUGCAUAAAUCC